AUGCAUGGCAAAUGGUCGAUCACCGCAGGCAACAGGAUGGAACGCCUGGCGCAGCAGCUGACGGCCCCUUGGAUGCGCUUGCAGGAGCUUAUCGACGACGGCUGCGAACGACUACUGAAAGACGUAGAAGCAGUAACCACCUCUGCGAUGGCGCAGAUUCCGUACCACGUGCAGAAGAUGUUUGAGAUGCACGCUAGGCGAUUGGAUCGAUUUACGCAAUCUGUCAACACGAAUCCGACCCAGAACGCUGUGGACGAGUUGAGGGACAUGAUGACCAAAGUGCCGAUCUACAAGGCUUUGGAUGAGAUCUCAGUGGUUGUGCCGGAGUUCGCGAACUUUUGCGCUGCCGCAAAUGAGGCCAUCUACAGCAACGGCUACGCGGAAAAGGCAGAAGACGAAGAUGGCAACGUCAUCUCCGCCGGGACCAAGCUCCUAGAGGAGUUCAAGCAGAAAAGAGGCAUCAAGCGUGUAUCCCCUGGUCUCUUGUCGCGCGCGCAUGGGUACACACGCAAAGCAUCAGCAGCAGAAACCAAGGCGAAGAUUAAGAAGGACAUGGAAUCCCGCAGCAAGCUCCAACCGGUGUGCGAUGGUGAAGGAGAUAGUCAAGAGGAUUGCAAUCUAGAUGGCAAGGAGCAGG